AGUGGCGACAUUUGGCGUUAAACUGUCAGGCCGUGAACAGGGAGUAGAUUUCUACGUCGCUAGAAACGCAUGGUCCUUAGUGCAAGAUAAGAUAUUUGCACGCUCUUUAAAACAGUAUCCCCUACAGAAAACCACGGAGGGUUGUGCCGAGUUAAGAAACCAAAGAACCAAGUGGCUAGUCACAUCGCUACGAGUGUCUGUAUGUACAAUACUGGAGAGAGGUUGCAAAGGGCAAUAAUUCUAACACUUGGAGUAUAAUUAGUGGAGACUGCACUCAACCGUGACGGCGUCGUGCCAAGAUGAAACUUGGCCAGGUGCUGUUGGCAUGUGCGUUGUGUUUGGUGGGCGUGGGCUUCUUCACGUCCCUGAAGACCUCCUUCCUGUAUCUCUUGGCCUUGAAACAACAGUCUGAUGGCAAACAGUGGUAUGCAGCAUUAUUUUUCGUCUUGCUUGUCCCUGAGAUUGUCACCUUUCUCCGAAUCAUCUGGGGCAGUUCCUUUGCGGUCAAAGGUCGACUAGCAAGAUGGCCUCCGUGCAAAAUCAUAUUUAUCGGCAUGUUCACGACAGUCCUGGAGUCAGCGGCCCUGGCGUUCUUCACCCUGGAGGUCUCCCCCCAGCUCCCAGGCUACCUGGUCCUACCCUUGAUGAACGUCCUGCUGUUCCUGCAGGUACUCAUCGAGCAGUGGAAGAGAUCCACGACACGAAACUUCCUGCCAAACCACAACGCGCCGUCACCAUCUUUCGUGUCGCGAGUCCUGCACAGUGUGGCGGCCAUUUUCGGAAUCAGCAUAUUCAUCCUGUCAGCCUGCCUCCUGAUCAUCCUUGACAUAACGGAAAUGCCAAGAGUUGUCGCCCUUAUCGCAGCAGUUCUCGCCCUUUCUGUAGUGUGGAGCCAGCCAAUCAAAGUUUAUAUAUUUCAAGCAGAAUGCCCGUCGGAACCCGUCCGAUACAACAUCUCUCUUCUCCUGUCCUUUGUAAGAAUCGUAUCCCUGGGAAUAUUCUCGAUGGCUGUGAUUCCUAUGGGCGGUAAAGUCGAUAUAUAUGAUUCACCAAAGUUCCUAUGGGAUGGGAUAACAUCGCUGGGUGAGAGCCGUGUCUUAAUGUCCGUCCUUGCAGUUAACUGCUGUGCAGGCCUGCUGACGUAUGCCUUGACCCGAAUCUCCGCCUACUAUACCACGACAUGGUCCGGUAUUCUCAUCCCAUCCAUCUUGUCCACAACAAUUGCAUCAGUCAUUUACAUUCUGAACUGUUUCGAUGGUAUCUACCUCACGUUGAGUGUGGAUGUGUGUCCAAUGUCAGAGGAAAGUUUGAUCGUUGCUGGAUUUGUCAUCCUAUUAUGGCUUCUUCCUAUGCUUAUCAUGAGAAGGAACUACUUUAUACCAGCUGAUACUUUCUUCAAACCAGAACACGAGAAUUUCAUCACCUUUGGCUACAGUGCUGUGUUCUUCGACCAACACUCUCUUCUAAACUAUUAUCCGUGUCCUUUGAUGUUCCGCGAGACAGGAUUGAACGGAAACGGAAGAAGCCGGGUGUUCAUGUGUACAACUAUGUACAGAGAGGCUGAUUAUGAGAUGGAACAACUGCUAAAAAGUCUUGCCAAAAUAUCAAAAUCUCAACGCCUUAAAAAGAAGAAAAUAUACAUAGAAGCCCACAUAUUCCUCGAUAAUGGCGCUGACGGAUUAACACUGAAAGAAUUCGCUCUUCAACUUAUGGCUUUGGUACAGAACUGCCUGGCUGUCGGUCGGUCAGAUGGAAGCAUACACAAAAACUCCUUACGGUCUGCAAUCUCAUGCGUCCUUCCCGGUGGUAUGCCAUUGUUUGUUCAUCUCAAAGAUCCUACAUUUGUUAAGGCCAAGAAACGCUGGAGUCAAGUGAUGUACAUGAAUUAUAUCAUGGAUUACCGUAUCAAGAUGACAACUCAGAUCGCUGACAUACAGCAUCAGAUCAAGCUGAAGAAGGAGGUAGGACCUACGAAGUACACGCAGAUGAUCAUGCAGAUCAGGUCCCUUCUUGAAAACCUCAAAAGGAUCAAGAUGAGGAACAAGAGAAGAGAUCGAUACACAGUAAGUGUGGUUCGGCAUACAGUUCCCGAUCAAGGGAUUGAAACUGGAGAUGACAUGUCUGGAGACCUCCAGUCAAAGAUACCAGGUGAAGAACGAGUUGCUGCCACCGAAAUGGCUGCCGGAAUUUACAUCGGACUCAGCCUCACUAGUCAUGCGCCUAGUCUGUCCAGACAUCAGGGCUCAGCGAGGGAUCUCAAUAUGCUGGAGUUUGCCUCUGAUGAGAAGAUAGCCACAAUAUCUAAGGAUAACACAGAGUUGGAUCUGUCCCAGUUAACACCGACAUACGACGACAGGACGUAUAUCCUGGCGACAGAUGCUGAUAUGCAGUUUAAUGACAUGAGCGUUCUUGACCUGGUCGAAACCUGCAACAGCGAUCUUCGGCUAGGAGCUGCUUGCGGCCGGACGCAUCCUAUGGGGAAGAAGAAACACCCAAUCGUCUGGUUCCAGAUGUUUGAAUAUGCUAAAGAACGCCUUCUCAUCAAAUUCGGGCGAGGAUCACGAUGGAUGUGUACAUUGAUGAUGUUACGGGGCUGGAAGCUCCAGUAUUCCACUACCGCCUACAACGGCACCUACUGCCCAGAUACUGUGGAGGAGUUCAUCAGAGCAAGAAGACAACUGGAUUCUCUCGAGUUUUCUCAACUUUCGCUGAUGGUGUUCCGCAAUCUUCCGCAACUAAUCCGCAGUAAUGGGUGCUUCUCCAUCAUCUAUGCAAUCUACUUACUCCAGUUGUUGUUCUUCAUCGUGUUUCUCUCUCCUGUUAG